AUGUAUUCAGAAAAGUUCUUUCGAAUUGUUUACCUAUACGCUAAACAUUGUACGUUCCAGAGUACGGAGUUGCUACGCGUACGCGUAGCAAAAGGCGAACGACUUGGUAAACGUGAUCUGUUUGGAGUCGUAAGUCCCUACUGCGUGGUGCGUCUAGAGAAAGCUGAUGGCGAACAGAUUGAUGAGAUCACUCUGGAAAAGAAAAAGAAGGUAUAA